GAUGCUGGAGUCAUCUGUUUUGUGAGCUGUCUGUUCGAAUCACAGAAAGAGACCACUAUCUUAUAAAAAAUGCCAAAGGAAUGUAUCGAUUCGCACAGCGAUCAUUGAGACUGAUGAAUAAGCUUUUGAGCUAGACGGUUUCCUGCUCCAACGGAUCCUUGUGUCUAGCUAGUAAACUAACUAGCUAGCCUGCUGUUUCAAACCUGCUGGAGAUGGGCGCCUGUAAGGCUGCCACAGGCUGCCCCAGAGGGUGAGCUCUGAAGAAGGGACACGCCACCCCCCUUGGCUCCGCAGCCUGGUCCUGGGAUGGCUGGAAGACUGAAACACAACCUGCUGCUGGUCUGCCUGGUGCUCAGCUCCCUCAGUCUAGUGUAUCUGGGCAGGCACGCCAUGGAGUGCCAGCACCGCGGUGGGGACCACGGCCGGGCAGCUGUCAGAGGGACGGCCGUUCACAGUGGCCACAACCUCAGCAGCGCCGCCACCUACAACAAGGACACACCCCUGAUCUUCAUCGGGGGCUUCCCGCGCAGCGGCACCACGCUGAUGCGGGCCAUGCUGGACGCGCACCCGGAGGUGCGCUGCGGGGAGGAGACGCGUGUCAUCCCGCGGGUCCUGGCCAUGAAGCAGACCUGGAGCCGCUCGGGCCGCGAGAAGAUGCGCCUGGACGAGGCGGGCGUGACGGACGAGGUGCUGGACUCCGCCAUGCGGGCCUUCCUCCUGGAGAUCAUCGUCAAGCACGGCGAGCCGGCCACCUUCCUCUGCAACAAGGACCCCUUUUCCCUCAAGUCGCUCUCCUAUCUAGCCAAAAUCUUUCCCCAUUCCAAGUUCAUCCUCAUGAUCCGGGACGGCCGGGCCUCGGUCUACUCCAUGAUUUCCCGCAAGGUCACCAUCGCCGGGUUCGACCUGGGCAGCUACCGGGACUGCCUGACCAAGUGGAACAGGGCCAUGGAGACCAUGUACGAGCAGUGCAUCGAGGCGGCCGGGCGCUGCAUGCCUGUGCGGUACGAGCUGCUGGUGCUCCACCCAGAGGAGUGGAUGAGGAGGCUGCUCAGUUUCCUGGAAAUCCCGUGGAACGAGGCCGUCCUGCACCACGAGAAGCUCAUCGGGAAGGCGGGAGGCGUGUCACUCUCCAAGGUGGAGCGCUCCACGGACCAGGUGGUCAAUCCAGUCAACACGGAAGCCCUGUCCAAGUGGGUGGGGAAGAUCCCCGAGGACGUGCUGCAGGACAUGCCUCUCAUUGCACCCAUGCUGGCACGGCUAGGCUACGACCCCCUCGCCAACCCCCCAAACUACGGGAAGCCAGAGCCUCGCAUCGUGGACAACACCAGGCGGCUCCAGACAUCUGCAGAGAGCCUAAAUUCCAGCUAACAGAAGGGAGGAAGAAGAGGAGGAAGAGAGAGAGCCCCAAAAUCUACUGCGGAAGUGGGCGACUGCACUAUCUGGUGUGGGGGUGGGUGAAUAGAGGGGCCUAUGUAAUAGAACAUUGGGAUUUCCCAAAUCUGGAACAUAAAAGGAAUCAUUGUUUUCCUCUGGCUAAGUACCAGGAGGAGUUAGUAGAGGUCACAUUUUAUGGAUCUCUUAUGCAGGAACACAGACCCAGCAUCAGGCCCCAGUCCUGGGUUAUAACCCCUCUUCCUGCAAAUGGACCUCCUCUGUAGACUAUUCAUGUUCUUCUCUACUUUAACAAAUGCAUUUUAUAGAAGGCCCAACCCAGUUGUCAUCCAGCUUCUCUCAUUGAGAGUUUUGUGUUCCUUCUUUCAUAAGCAACUUUUUGACUGCAAAUACAAUCCUUUAUGAAAUGAUUUUUAAAAAUACCUUUGUAAAUAUUGGUGCAAAAUUCCAUGGAUUCCACCUAAGCAAGAUCACAACUGGAGAUGUGACUUUAAUAACAGGUAUUUGGUGACCUGAAUUCAACAUGGAGGGGUGUUUUUGUACAUGGAGCUGUAAUAAAUGAGGUGAUGGUGCUGAAA